GGCUGGAACUCAGGAAUGUGGGUGAUCGGGUGCCCACACCCUGGGAGGAGAGGCAGAGAAGCCCACGCCCAGGAGAGCAGGGUGGAGGAUUAUGAGAAGGGCCAAGAAGGAGACAGGCUAGCCACCCAGCCAGAUCCAGCCAUGCAGGUACAGGAAGAAGGAGACAACUGUAUCCCCUUUGCCAAGUGUUCCAGGGUGGUCAGCCGAUCUCCACCUUCCAGCUUGUCUUCCCAGAGCCUCAGACUGAUGCCCCAGCGUUAUGGAGACAGCUUCUGGGAGAGCCUUAGUCAAAAAUCCGGCCCCAUCUGGACAGAAGAACAGUACAUUCCCCCCUUGAUGAGAGCCACUGGUUACUCCCAGCCUGGCUUUUACUCCCCUGAGGGGCUCCCACCUCCUGAGAGGCUUUGCAGAAGAAAAAGAAGGAAGCCAUGUUUGGCAGGAGUACAGCAAGGACCUGGGGGCAUCCCAGCCCGGGUCAGGGCUGUGGCUUAUCACCUGGAGGAUCUAAGGAGGCGCCAGAGAAUCAUCAAUGAACUGAAGAAGGCCCAGUGGGGCAGCUCUGGGGCUGCAUCUGAGGCCCUGGUGCUUGGGGAAGAGGGCCCUGGAUUCCCCAGAUCCACCGAAUACCCUGAUCUGGAAGAGAGGGCAGCCUAUCCUCUGGAAAAGGCCCGUCUUCUCAGCACUGGCAGGGCCCAGCUGCUUUGGUCUCCCUGGAGUCCCCUAGGCCAGCACGGGCCUUGCCCUUCCAGGGAGCUGGGCUCCCAGGCCUUCUGCAGCAGUGUCACAGCCAGUAGGAGCCCCCUUUACAAUCCCUGGGGGAUGGAGUUGGAGUCUGAGGAAUAAAGAGAAAUCUUCCAGGCCCCAGAUGAUGGUGCUGGCUGCCUCCGGGACCCAAGACCAGUUCCCAUCACUAGAAUCUCCCCCAUUUCUGGCAUUUCCGUUUCCUGAGCCUCUCCCAAUUUCGUUUCCCAUCUUCGGAACUAUGCGUUAACAGCCACCCCCCCACCCCCAGGGCCUCCGGUCUCAAAUCCCUGCCCCUUCACAACAACCCCAAGAACUCCGGCCUUCUUUUCCACUAGGCCCUGCUCCCCGGCGUUGUGUUCUCUCUGUUGUUAUUAAAGCAAGCACAUUGA